UAUCUGCAAAGCAACCAGCGGCUAGAAGGAAGUGCCGGAACCCUCGGAACCAUUCUGCAUCGCGGUGAAGCACGUUGGCUUGUGGUGCGAUGCAGCUCAUCAGCAACAGUGGAAUCAGGCAUCCGGGAAGAGCAUAAAAAUACGUCUGUUUUGAACAGUUUUGCGACAACACUGGUGAUUAUCUGCUGUGCCGCUAGGUUCUCAUUAGAUGAAGGUGUUUUUAGUGAAGAUUUUAGUGAACUAGUACCAUUCGGUGAUCCCCUUUAACCCGUUGUUCCUGGCGUAACGUAGCAAAAUGAGUCACUCGAGAAAUUACAAUUACUAUGAGCCCUCGAGAUCCCGCAGCAGGGAACGUAGCUACCGGCGAGAUUACCGCGACGAUUCGGAACGCUACAAUCUAAGCGCAUCGGAUUCGAGUCGUACACCUGCAGAUUACAGUGCCUCCAGCUAUCGAAGAAGUUCCCAUCAUCGUAGCUCACACUACCACGAUCCACCGGCGUCCUCAUCGUCUUCCAUGGGCAUGGGAACGCACGACUGUUCGACCCACGGUUCUUCCGGCAAGGUGGUGCUGGCCGUGUUUAAUCUGAGCAUUUAUACAACCGAAGCGGAGCUGUACGAUACCUUUUCCAAGUUUGGCCCACUCCGCAAGACGACCGUUGUGUUGGACGCAAAGACGGGCCGUUCGCGAGGAUUCGGAUUCGUGUACUUUGAAAGCGCGGAAGAUGCCAAGGUGGCCCAUGACCAAGCGAACGGCAUAGAAAUAGGCGACCGGCGGAUACGAGUGGACUUUUCCGCCACGAACAAACCGCACGAUCCAACACCGGGCGUUUACUACGGUAAGGUUUCCCAUCCGAAGGGUGGUGGGUACGGCGGCCAUUCUUCGCACGGUAUGCCCAGCUCCCACGGUUAUCAUCACUGUAGGGCCUGCGAGGUGGAAGCGCGGGAACGUGAACGAUGGGAACGGGAUACGCGAUCGAGCAGGGACCACCACUACUACUACGACAGCUAUUCCGGUCAUGAUCGUAGCCGCAACCGUUCCAUGACGGGCCGGUCUGGUCGUAGUGAUUACUAUCGUGGCGGGACCAGCAUUCGCUGACAGUGGCCCCCUCCAACCAUGCACCCAUUGCUGUUGGUUGCACAGUAAGGGGACCUGGAGACGGGCAAAACGGCACGAAAGAUGCGACGCAGUGUGCGGGCUAAACUGUUCCUCGUUUUUACGCAUUUACGUUACAUUGCAAGCACAAUAGCGAACUAAGUAAGUGUAAGGAUUGUUAAGAUAGCCAAAAACCGGAAUUGAAAUCGUGUGCGAUAUGAUAUUAUGGGAUGCUGCCGCCGUUGCCGCACGGUACACGGGACGGUAAGGACGGUAUGGGAACCCGCAAGGAAAAGCCUAGAAAACGAAACAGGGUGAUCGGCCAAUGUAUGCAUCAGUGAUUAGCUACUCCUUCCUGCUCGUCCCGCGGUGAAGAUCAGCCCGCUUUUGAAGAAACAGGUUUCAACCGUAUCGUCCAAAAGAGCGGAAAGACGCAUAAUAUCCUUAUAGCGAAAUGUAUGUGUGUAUGAAUGUGUCUGUGUGUGUGUGUGCGUUGGAAGAUAGAGAGAAGGGUCGGUUUUUGCGUGUCCGGUUGAACGGAUUCCGAUCUCAAUGGCCGGCCGAUAGGGAGAGGAAACUGGAUUUCUGCCCGAAGGUGUGCGAUAGUAUUGUUGAAAGUGUUCUUCUUCUUUAACUCCCGUUUCUGUCUUUUCUCUUCCUUCCUAUCCCCCACCUCCCUUCGCUGCUUAUGAUCUCUCCCCUGCACCAAGUGUCCCGCAUCCGCAAAGUGCUGGGAAUAGAGAGCUUUUUUUAAAAAACACAUACACACACAAACAAUAGAUUGUAAUAAGUUAUCAACUGCCGCACUAUUCCCUACAAUUACUAACUACCAGAACUACCAGUGAGAUUGGUUUUUAAUCGGUGCGUUUUAAAUUGUUAAUGUUUCGUUAUCUUUGUUUUGCUUAGCGCCGUGUUACGAUGAUGAUGGAAAAGAUAUUGUAAAAACAAAAAAAACAACAGGAAUCAAAGAUGACAAAACAAGAUGAUAAACCUAGUAGGAAUAAAUUAAUUUCAAUAAAAGA